UAGUCGUGCAGAGCCUUCCCCCUCCGCCCCACGGCCCGCUGACUCGGAAGCGGAAAGCCCAAAGCCCGCCCGCCUCACGCCGUUGCCCGGCAGCGCCGGGAGAGGCCCCGGUGCGGCCGCAGCCCCAUGGAAGCCGCCGGCUUGCAGGGACCAGCGCUCACCGAAACCAUGGAACAGCUCCGGCAGGAGCUGCGGAAAGCCAAGGAUGACCACAAGAUGGCCAUAGGUGCCAUCACUUCCUUGCAAAGACAGAUGGAGAUCCAAGAAUCUGAGAUUCGGAGAAUCAGAUCUGAAAAGGAAUUGCUCCAGAAGCAGCUGAAAGAGCGAGAAGUCCAGCUCCAAGCUGUGUCUGACAAGUUUUGCAGCCUGACAGAAGAACAGAGGCAGGAAGAAGCGGUGGUGAUGAUGGAGGAGAAGAACCACAACCUUCAACAGGUUGUUACAGAACAGGAAUCCCAGCUGGCUGAGCAGAACAAGCUCAUCAGUGAGUUACAGGGGACAAUCAGCCGGCUGCAGGCUGAGGCUGUGACCACCCGCCUCCACCUCCUGGAGCAGAAACAGGCCCAGAAGGAGAUCCAGGGCCAGGUUGAGGCACUGCAGCACACAGAGCUGCAAACCAGAGUGGCACUGGAGAUCAUCAGCAGCAAGUUUGAAAGGUUUCGAAACAAAAUAAUCCAGGCUACGUUCUGCGUGGAGGGCAUCCAGGACCCCCAGGCCGAGCUCACGGACGAUGAGGUGCUGGAGGCAAUGCAGAAAAUCAUUAACGAGCGGACGGAGUACCAGCAGAAGCUGAAGAACAAGGGCAGCAAGACAUCCCUGUUCAGCAGCGACAGCAGCACAGCAACAAUAUCAAGGAGAAGGAAAUCCUCCAGGAUGGAAAAGCUCUGAAGGCUGAGCCAGAACCCAUCACCAGCCUCAGGCUCUCAGCUCGGAGCUGGUGCCUUACAAGAAAUUAAACUCAUUUUACUGU